AUGGAGCAGCUGGAAGAGGAGCUGACGUGCCCGAUCUGCUGCGGGCUCUUCGAGGACCCCCGCGUCCUGCUCUGCUCGCACAGCUUCUGUCGGAAGUGCCUCGAGGCUCUCCUGGAGCCCCCCCGGGGCUUGUCUUUUUCCAGGUCGCCGUUCAGGUGCCCAACGUGCCGCAAGGAGAGCCCGCACAACGGCGCCAACAGCCUACAAGUCAACUACUCCCUUCGCGGCAUCGUGGAGAAGUAUGCCCGGCUCAAAGUGGCGCCCAGGACGGGCGUGUGCGCCCACCACACGGGGCAGCCGCUCAACAUGUUCUGCGCCACGGACCUGAGGCUCAUUUGCGGCUGCUGCGCGACGGCCGACGAUCACAGGGGCCACCGCUUCUGCUCCCUGGAGGAGGCGUACGAGCGGGAGCGGCGCGCCUUCGAAGAACUGCUACGCGGCGCUGAGGGCUGGCCGAGCGCGGGUGCGCUCGCCCGUUUGGAGACGCUGCGAGCAGCCAAAAAACGGGCACUCCAGGCGGUAAACGACGACGCAGAACGGGCGAGUGACUACUUCGACAAGUUGGUGGCCGCGCUGGAGAGCAAGAAGAGCGAGAUCCUGUGCGACUUCGAGACGCACAGGCUGGCCGUUAUGCAGGCGUAUGACCCGGAGAUGACGCGGCUGCGCGACACGCUUGACCGCCAGCGUAGCGCGCUGACCGAUGCCGAGGCGUUCCGCGGCGUCACAGAGCCGCUCGGCUUUCUGGAGCACAUGCACGACUUCCGACAAACGCUGGCGGCCCUGAAGGAGCAGGAGGAGAAGAAGGAGGAAGAGACGUCUCCUGCUCGUACACCUCCAGAAGACGUCGGCCUCGACGUCAAAAAAUGGGACGCGGUGAGGCUGGGUGAAGUCGAUAAGAUGACGGUCCCCUACGAGAGGGAGGGGGCGGCGGUUGGGAGAUCACGCUGCUCAACGCGGUGGCUCACCCUGGUCGUCCUGGCGUGGGGUCUCAUCUUGGCGCCGUUGACGCUGCUCCUUGUGGUGCCUGAGACGGUGGCGACAGCAGCCCGGGAGCAUCUGUGGGAGGUGACCGGGGCGUCCACGCAGGUCGUGGGCAACUUCAUAGACUCCGCUGUCACGUACCUUGGCAGCUGUACGUUGAUGUAAGGGAAGGAAAUAGCAUUUCUUCUUGCGGACCACUUUUAAAUUCUGCAGCCUGGAUGCAAAAUGGGUACAUGAAUUUCUUAUACACAACCUCAUUAAAUAUCUCGUUUUCCUUUUCUUUAAGGUUUUGCCAAAUAAAAACAGACGAUCACA